AUGUCUGGCUUUCUCAAAACUAAAGGAACCAAAAUUGUCGAUGCCAACGACCAACCGGUCGUACUUGUUGGAACCGCCAUUGGUGGUCACUUGAACAUGGAAAACUUCAUCACCGGCUACCCCGGCACCGAAACCCUCCACAAGAAGAGAUUGGUGGAAAUGAUCGGCCAGGAAAAGGUCGACUACUUCUUCGACAAGUUCUACCAGUACUUCUGGGAAGACGAGGACGCCAAAUUCUUCAAAAACGAGUUGGGGCUCAACUGCUUGCGGAUUCCGUUCAACUACCACCAUUUCUUGGACGACGACUCAGACCUUUACACCAUUAACCCCAAGGGCUUCGAGAGAUUGGACCGCAUCGUAGAUAUUUGCACCCAAAACGAAAUAUACACCGUUUUGGACUUGCACACUGCCCCUGGUGGGCAGAACCAGGACUGGCACUGUGACUCCGGAAUCAACAAGUCGCUUCUCUUUGAUUUCAAGGUAUUUCAGGACGCAGUGAUCAACCUUUGGGUGCAAAUUGCCAAACACUACAAGGACAACACCUGGGUCGCUGGUUACAACCCAUUGAACGAGCCUUCAGUGGAGGACCACUCCCGGUUGGUUGGAUUCUACAAACGGCUUGCCAGUGAGGUCAGAAAGGUCGACCCUAACCACAUGUUUUUUCUCGAUGGAAACACUUAUGCCAUGGACUUCAGGCAAUUUCCAAAGGCUGACGAGUAUAUUCCCAACACUGUGUACUCUAUCCACGAUUAUUCCAACUAUGGGUUCCCCAACCUCGAGGGAACACUCUACGAGGGCACUCCAGAGGAAAAGGCCGAACUCAAGCACCAAUACGAAAGGAAAAUCCAGUACAUGGUUGACAAUGGCGUUCCCGUGUGGAAUGGAGAGUUUGGACCUGUGUAUGCCUCCGAGGUCAGAGGCGACAAGAACCCAGACGUCAUAAACAGAGCCAGAUACAACGUGCUUCGGGACCAAUUGGCUGUGUAUAAGGAGGGUGAUCCAUCUGGCGACAAAAGCCCAAUUUCGUGGUCCAUCUGGCUCUACAAGGAUAUUGGCUUCCAGGGCAUGACGUACGUGUCUCCUGAGUCCAAGUGGUUCCAGGUUUUUGGCAAAUGGUUCCACAAGAAAAAGCACUUGGGUUUGGACAGAUGGGGCAAUGACAUCGACCCUGAAUUCGAUAGGUUGUACCAGGAAUUGACAGACCACAUGAAGAACCACAUUCCUGAGCAGUACCAAAAAAUGUACCCUCCAGUAUGGACCAUCAAAGACCACCUUACUGUCGCAGCCAAGGACUUGUUGUUCUCGCAAUACGCUCAAUUUGAGUACGCAGACUUGUUUGUGGGCUUGGAGCUCGAGGACUUGGACGAGUUGGCAGCGUCGUUCAAGUUCGAAAACGUAUGCAAGAGAGACGAGUUGAAUGCCAUUUUGAAGGACUACAAGGAAUCGCGUUAGAUUGGUCGAGGAACUAUUCGGAUGGACUUAAUCAUUCAAUAUCCAGAAUGAGUAAGGCAGUUUAAAAUUGUAUCGACUUUGGGCUUUUCCAUUACUUCACGUAUAUAUU